AGAACGUCCCUCCCUCUUUCCAGUGCAGAUGAAAGCCGGUUACUUCGCCCGGGCGAGGGGGAAUGUUGACGGUGUAACACCAGACCGGAGACAAGAGAGUCUUUUCGCAUCUUUUAGCUAACUGUUCGCUUUUAAACAAUUUUAAAUAGAUUAGUUUAACAUAAUUUAGCGCAACUCCAAUGAGUGCCAGAGAGCACAAUGACGAAAGCAGCAAACGGAGAGUGGCGUAUGUCUACAGCCCGGAGUACAUCGAGACUUGUGACACUUUAUCCAAAGUCCCAAACAGGGCGAGUAUGGUCCACUCCCUGAUAGAAGCUUAUGGACUGCUUCCCCACAUGAGCGUUGUGAAACCUCGAGUUGCCACAAUGGAAGAGAUGGCCAUGUUCCACACUGACUCCUACCUGGAGCAUCUGCACAAGAUCAGCCAGGACGGAGACAACGAUGACCCCCAGUCAGCCGACUACGGCCUGGGCUAUGACUGUCCUGUGGUGGAGGGCAUAUUUGACUAUGCGGCAGCAGUAGGGGGCGCUACUCUGACUGCAGCCGAGUGUCUGCUGGAGCAAAACUGCGAAGUGGCCAUUAACUGGGCGGGAGGCUGGCACCAUGCUAAAAAGGAUGAGGCUUCGGGGUUCUGCUACGUGAACGAUGCUGUGCUGGGGAUCCUCAAGCUGAGGGAGAAAUAUGAGCGGGUGCUGUAUGUGGACGUUGACCUGCAUCAUGGAGACGGUGUGGAGGAGGCCUUUAGUUUCACAUCCAAGGUUAUGACGGUUUCUCUGCACAAGUUUUCCCCUGGAUUUUUUCCCGGCACUGGUGACGUCUGUGACACGGGGCUCGGAAAAGGCCGUUGGUACGCUGUGAACAUCCCACUGGAGGACGGCAUCCAGGACGACAGAUACUUCCAGGUUUUUACCAGCGUGAUGCAGGAGGUGCAGUCGCAGUUCAACCCUGAGGCCGUACUGAUGCAGCUGGGCGCCGACACCAUGGCGGGCGAUCCCAUGUGCUCCUUCAACAUGACCCCUGUAGGGGUGGCCAAAUGUCUACUGCACGUCCUGCAGUGGCAGCUACCUACGCUGCUGCUGGGAGGAGGAGGUUACAACCUGGCCAACACGGCCCGCUGUUGGACGUUCCUGACCGCGACGGUCCUGGGAAAGUCUCUGUCCUCAGAAAUACCCGACCACGAGUUUUUUACAGAGUACGGACCGGACUACUCGCUGGAGAUCAGUCCGAGCUGCAGACCGGACCGCAACGACAGCAAGCACCUGGAGCGGGUCAUCAGCACCAUCAAAGGGAAUUUAAAGAAUGUGGUUUAGGACCUGGCAGCCUCAGCCAAACUCCACACACAUACGCACACACACCCACACGCACGCCAUCUCUCCGAACCAGGUCUACGCUCGGCAGCUCUAAUGAAGACAAUAUGGAGUGGACCACUCCUGCCCCAAGGCAGGGAUUGAGCGAACAAGGGAGAAGAGAACAAGACAGUUUUGGAAAACAUUAGUUGAGUGUUUCCAGGGGGAGAACAGUUUAAUAAGGGAUGGGGGUUGACGUGGUCUCUAUUCAAUGUUCACCGUUUUUAAUUCCUUGUGUUUUUUUGUUGUUGUUGUUUUUUAAUGUACGUGGGUUUGUGCAAAUGAAAGUUUAUUGUACGUUCUCUGUAGUUUUGUAAGACUAGAUGACAGCGGUUCACCCCUGAGCGUUCGCUACCGAGGGAGGCAUCAGUCGGACAUUGAAUGGAAAAACAGAUUUUUCAGGGCUCCGGUUUCACGGUCUGCCCCAGUCCCGCUGUGUGAUUUCAGCCUCUCGUGGACAGAUGAGCACUAAAACAGACAAAACAUUCGAGUCCCUCCAAGGCCCCGUUAAACAUUUGUUUCUAAACGGAUCUGGAGCCUGUUAAAAGGUUUGCGAAACAUCUAGAGAGACCUACAGCCUACAAAUUGGGAGUCCGGAAAAGUUUGGAAAACGGACGAUCACGCUUGCUUCCAGCUGUUGGCAGACAGCAGAAACAUUUGGAAUUCUGCGAUUUUAAAUGAAAAGAAGAAACAAAAAGA